GCAGACUUCUCCUCCCGGCCGCCAGGAGGCGAGAGCCGGCUAACAGCCGCGUCUCCGCCCGGAGGAGGAGCCCGGCUGUUAGAGCGAACAUGGCGGCGUCGUUGGUGCGGUUUGUCCGCGGAGGUCUCGGCAGGAGCUUUAACGUUGCAAGGACUUCAUGUGUCCUCCUCCAGCAGCAGCAGGCCAGGCUGCAGAGCUCCACCACUGAGACCAGCCCCACCGUCAGGCCUAAAGAUGCCGUCACUCACAAUCAGCUGGCAGCGUUUGGAGAGUACGUGUCUGAGAUGAUGCCCAAAUAUAUCCAACAGGUCCAGGUGACCUGCUACAACGAGCUCGAGGUGAUGAUCCAUCCUGAUGGCGUGAUCCCUGUGCUGACCUUCCUGAGGGACCACACCAACGCCCAGUUCAGGAACAUGACUGACCUGACCGCUGUCGACAUCCCGAGCCGACAGAACCGCUUCGAGAUUGUUUACAACCUGCUGUCGCUGCGCUUCAACUCUCGUAUCCGCAUUAAGACGUACACAGACGAGUUAACACCAGUGGACUCUGCAGUACCGGUCCACCUGGCUGCCAACUGGUACGAGAGGGAGGUAUGGGACAUGUUUGGCGUGUUCUUCUCCAACCACCCUGACCUGAGGCGCAUCCUGACAGACUACGGCUUCGAGGGUCACCCCUUUAGGAAGGACUUCCCUCUCUCGGGCUACGUCGAGGUACGUUACGACGAUGAGGUGAAGCGCGUGGUGGCGGAGCCUGUCGAGCUGUCGCAGGAGUUCAGGAAGUUCGACCUGAACACGCCCUGGGAGGUGUUCCCCGCCCACCGAGAGCCCAAAGAGGCCGCACCCAAACUGGAGGCCGGCGAGGUGCCUGAGAAGAAGUGACGUCCCUCAGCUUCAUCAUCGCGUUCUGUCUGUUAGUGUCAUUUUGGGAUUCUCAGCGCACCUAAAAUAUUUAUGUAAAUAAAAAUCCUAAUAAAACAACUAUCAAAAAGCU